AAGCCGCUCCUGCGAACCGGUUUCGCCUCGGAGAGCCGGCAGAUCUCGGCGCUGCAGCCGCGGUGCUUGCUUAGCUGCUUCCCGGGAAUCGCAGCGGGCUCAGGUUUGCCUUAGGUCCGGUCAGUGCCAUGAUCCGCCAGGAGCUCUCCACAUCCUACCAAGAGCUGAGUGAGGAGUUGGAUCAGGUGGUUGAGAACUCAGACCAGGCGGACGAGCGGGAAAAGGAGGUGGUCAAAGUCCAGGGUCCAGGGAUCUUACCAGCCCUGGACAGCGAGUCCGCCUGCAGCAGCAUCCGCUUUAGCAAGGCCUGCCUGAAGAACGUCUUCUCGGUGCUGCUUAUCUUCAUCUACCUGCUGCUCAUGGCCGUGGCCGUCUUCCUGGUCUACCAGACCAUCACGGACUUUCGUGAGAAACUCAAGCACCCUGUCAUGUCGGUGUCUUACAAGGAGGUGGAUCGCUACGACGCCCCAGGCAUUGCCCUGUACCCCGGUCAGGCCCAGCUGCUCAGCUGUAAGCACCAUUACGAGGUCAUUCCACCUCUGAAGAGCCCCGGCCAGCCAGGAGACAUGAACUGCACCACCCAGAGGAUCAACUACACAGACCCCUUCUCCAAUCAGACCCUGAAAUCCGCCCUGAUUGUGCAGGGGCCCCGGGAGGUGAAGAAGCGGGAGCUGGUCUUCCUCCAGUUCCGCCUGAACCAGAGCAGCGAGGACUUCAGCGCCAUCGAUUACCUCCUCUUCUCUUCUUUCCAGGAGUUCCUGCAAAGCCCAGACAGGGUAGGCUUCAUGCAGGCCUGCGAGAGCGCCUAUUCCGGCUGGAAGUUCUCGGGGGGCUUCCGCACCUGGGUCAAGAUGUCCCUGGUGAAGACCGAGGAGGAGGAUGGGCGGGAGGCGGUGGAGUUCCGGCAGGAGACCAGCGUGGUUAACUACAUUGACCAGAGGCCAGCGGCCGAAAAAAGUGCUCAGUUGUUUUUUGUGGUCUUUGAAUGGAAAGAUCCUUUCAUCCAGAAAGUCCAAGAUAUAAUCACCGCCAAUCCUUGGAACACGAUCGCUCUUCUCUGUGGGGCCUUCUUGGCAUUAUUUAAAGCUGCAGAAUUUGCCAAACUGAGUGUGAAGUGGAUGAUCAAAAUUAGGAAGAGAUACCUUAAAAAAAGAGGUCAGGCAACGAACCACAUAAGCUGAAGUUGCCUGCGUUGUUCGUAGGACUGCCUGAGUUCAUGGAAGUUCUCAUCACUUCUGCUUUGGUAAACCUAGCUGCCAGCAAUCCUGUCCUCACUUGAAGAAACGGGCCUUGCUGGGGGCCUGCCUGUCACACUGCAGCUUCUAACUGGUCCUCAGAGAGACAGACUGUCUAGAGCCCAGUGGAACAGAUCCAAUGGAUGACCUAACCGUCCUGUCUCUUUUAUAAAAUCGUAUUGUAAGGCAAAUGCAAAGCCAAGCAUUAAAGCUUACAUUAACAGCACUGAAAAACAGGUAUGUGUAUUUUUAAAUUCUCUCUAAAGAUGACACACCACUUUAAUAUUAAAUAGCUAACAAAAUUUGCUCCAACGUACAUAUUAAAACUGUACUUCCUGUACUGUAGAAAGUUGAGAGACCUCUUGAAUGUGCUUUCGAGUAAGUAGCUAAUUAAUUAGGAAGUGGGCAUUUCUAGCUCUUUCUUCAACAACAACUAUUAGCUGCAGCCUGCCAAAAUCUACUCUGGCUGCUCUUCAGUGAAAGAAAUGUAUGCCUAGACCGUCCACAAAAUAGACAUUUAGACCCAACCGUCUCUUCUGGGGAGGCUGGGGCUUGCCUUUUGCUGUGCAGGGUCACCCUUUCCUUCUCCGUGUGCUGCCCCCAGUUGUCAGUAAUCCCGGCCGGCCUUAGGUGAGUGUACAGCAUCUGGCAAGAGCACUGGGCCUGGACGGCUGAGGUGGUGGCCAUUUGAGAGCAUCGUAAAAUAUGAGCCACGUCCCGAAAGGAAGAGGAGUUUCUCCUGGUUUCACAGCGAGCAGAACUAGGUGCUUUCACAGUGACCUAGGAAUAGCGUGCUAGAGUUGUUUUUCAUGGAUGUGAAAGAGUAGAAGCAGACACCAGUAGUUGAAAACUUUAUAACAACAAUCUCCCUGCCCCCAUAAAAAUAGUGCUAUUAUUACUUAUAGAGUUUGAGAUUUAUCCUCCUAGGUCUAUUUCAUUUUAUUUUAUUUUGGCCGCACCGCACGGCAUGUGGAUCUUAGUUCCCUGACCGGGGAUCGAACCCGGGCCCUUGGCAGUGAAAGCAUGGAGUCCUAACCACUGGACCACCAGGGAAAUCCCAUGGGUCUAUUUCAAUUAAAACUAUGUACAUAUGUACACACAUUUAAGGUAAGUUAAACCCAUCCUCCAAACAAAAGGGACAUGAAGGAAGAUGGGAGGCUAUCCUAGAACUUAGAAUUUUAUGUGAAAAUUCUAUACAACAGAUAUACUUUGGUAAAUGGCUAGAACACUUGACUCUGGCACACAAUCUUCCUAUUCUUUAACUGGCGUACAACCUGCAAUUUGCCUUAAAAUUUUCUCUAUAUACACGU